GUGAAAGCAGUGUGCUCGCGAGAAUACACUCUUUGGAUUUUCAGUCACUCGCUAAAUACAUAGGCAGAAUGUGUUUCUCCGGUUGGUUUGCGUUUUACUUUGCGUCAGUAAUAGCCAAGUACCAAGCAUCCAUAGGUGGAACAUACCCUUUAUUCUGAAAACAGUUUGAGAUGAAAAGACAAGAUCCCUCACCUUCAGAGGACUGAGUGAUAGGUCCUCCUCAACCUUGUGUUACCAUUAUGUCUGGAUCUUAAUGAUAUGCCCUCUCCUCUAAUGUCUAGUUGGAAGCCGUGUUUCAUCUGUCUUGUAUACAACAAAUGAUGUGUGCCUGUACAAGAUCAAUGAAUUCUGAAACAUUCCCUGGAACUGCAGUGAUAGUCUGGUCAGGUCACAGCCGAGCUAAUGGGGCCUCCUAAGCCAUGUUGGCACGCCCAGCUCCCUUCUCUUUCUCACGUCGCCACUUUUCCGGUGAGGACAUUCUGUCUCUUGGCGUCCAUCGUGGUCGUCGCGGCGACACCGUGCCCCAGAAGCUGCCACUGUUCGGAGAGGAACGGCGUGGUUGUGCAGUGCGUCUCCCGGAACCUUGACCAGAUUCCCUCGGACCUUCCAGAAGACACCGUCACCCUCUUGCUCUCAUCCAACCGGAUCGGCCACAUCCCCAAUCAGGCCUUUAAGGACCUCCGGCGCCUCAAGGAGCUGGACUUGUCGCAGAACCAGAUCGAGAGUAUCGACUCAGGGGCCUUUCUGGGGAUUUCCGAGGGCCUCCGCACACUAGACCUCUCCCACAACCAGCUCCACAGUGUCCCCAAGGAGGCCUUCGCCAAGCUGAGUGCCCGCAUACGGCUCUCCAGCAACCCCUGGCACUGCGACUGCUCCUUACAGGAGGUCCUGAGGGAGUUGAGGCUUGACCCAGAGACUGUCAACAAGGUUAUCUGCCAAACCUCCGUCCAGGAGAAAUAUGCCGAAAGGCCCGUAAUCCAGGUCCUCGAUUCAGGCAUCAACUUCUGUAACUUUCACCACAAGACCACAGACGUGGCCAUGUUUGUGACCAUGUUUGGCUGGUUCGCCAUGGUGAUCGCCUACAUCAUCUACUACGUCAGGCAUAACCAGGAGGACGCCAGGAGACACAUGGAGUACCUGAAAUCUUUGCCCAGCUCCUCUCACAUCAGCAAGGACUUCGACACCGCCAGCACUGGGCUCUAGCAACAGGCCGUGGGCGUUGGCACAGGGUGUUGGGGGGUUAUUAACAUGUAACAGGGAAUGUCCACAAAUCGGAGAAUUAGCCAGGUGUAUAUUCAUAUUUGUAACGUGAAGACAUGCGUCUUGGCGCCCCGCUGGACUGCACAUGCUGAAUUGCGGCACACGCCUGGCCUCCCGGUGGGGCACACGCCUGGCCUCCCGGUGGGGCACACGCCUGGCCUCCCGGUGGGGCACACGCCUGGCCUCCCGGUGGGGCACACGCCUGGCCUCCCGGUGGGGCACACGCCUGGCCUCCCGGUGGGGCACACGCCUGGCCUCCCGGUGGGGCACACGCCUGGCCUCCCGGUGGGGCACAUGUUUCUGAAGUCAUGGGGUUGCUCCUUCUUGAUAUUUUGGACACAUUGUUUGUCCCCAUAUCCAAACCCAUUUUUCUUUUUUAUACUUUUACAGUAAAUAUUGUCUAUUGGGUAAAACAUGCUCUCUCUGCUCUGUUUUUUCAAUCGUACUAUUUAGUGAGAAAUACAGUAUUUAGUAGGCCUAUAAUUCAGUUUCAUUAAAUAGGAAAUCAACAGUAUGAGGAAAUGCCGAUUCCUUAAUAUCUUUAGAGAAAUUAUGAAACCGUAAACAUUGUAAACAUUAGAACAAAUUGAAGUAUCAGCCAGUUAAAGUAGUAGUUGCAUAUAAUAAAGGCUACAUAAUGACGGUUUCAGAUUUUGCCCUAUGCCAUAAUCAACAGCUGGUCAUCAUUGCCCACAGUAACUACCUCCACCCAGCAGUGUCUUCUGAAUCAUAAUCUGUAAAUGUAACUUUGGUUGUUGGUAGGUGAAUGCCUUCUCCUCUAAGCAUGUAGAUGCUGGAGAGUACUUCUUGGUUAAGCAAGCAGUAUGAUAAGUAGCAGAACAAUACAAUUCAGUACCGAAUAGUAAAGUACAAUUCACGCUCAUGCCCUUGUCCUGACGAGGCAAGGAUAUUAGCGUAAAUUGUACUUAAUUUGAAGGCAAGAAAAAGUGGAAGGUGGACGAGAUAUUGUUCGCCAACACUAAUUGUCCCUGUAACGUAAGGUCAUUUAGAUGUGUAUAUUCUGCUGUGUGAACCAUAGGAUGUUUGUGUGUGUAAUGUGUAUAGGCUGUCUGUGUGUGAAGUGU